GGUAAGCUAUUCAUGAUUUUGGCAGUAAAGAAUGAAAUAAUUGAGUUACCGCAUAUCUUCAUUUUACGCCAUUCAAAAUUGUUUGUAUGGUAUGCAAAGGCAAAUUUGGCCACCUUAGGGGUAAGAUGUGGUAAAGGUGGAAAGUCAAUUCUCAGAAAAGGAGUUGAAAAUAUUGCUACUACGAUUAAUUAA